GACCAGUCCAGGCUGAUGACCUCUGGAUCAGGCACCAGUUCCCUGUGACCUUUCUGAGGAUUAAGAGGGUCCUGCUUCCCCCGGCUCUGAGGUGAAACGUGCUGCGGAAACCGGCGGCAGACAGACAGCACUUGGCAUGUUCAGCGGGGGUGGGGACGGCUCCUUUCAGGCCAUGCCAAGACUUGGCAUCACCUCUCCAACACAGGGAUAAUGGUGGGGGCUUUAGCAGACCUUCAACCCGUCACCCUGCUAUCCAGUCAACCUGUUAAUAAAUACAGAUUUCUGGAUGAACAAAAUUACUUGAGAAAGGAAGUUUUCCCUAUGUUCCAACUAGAACCAGAAGCACACAAUCCUGGUCCAGUUACUGCUUAAUGAGCAAGGCAGCCAACGUCAAAGUCAUAUGUCAGAAUCAGAGUGACGCAGGUGUCAGUUCAAGUCUGCCUUUUCCACGAAGCGCUGCGCCUCUCCCAAAGAUGGAUCCCAAACAGCAGGAUUGCACCGUGCAGCACCAGCAUGCAGCUAAACGACAACCUGCGUUGUCCUCGCCCUCGGUUUCCUCGGGCCCUGCAGACCUGCUGGGAGGUAAUGUCAUAAAAACAAAGCUGCUGCAGAAAAAGCCCAUGUUUUCAUACAGAGGCCCAGCAGCUACAGAGCGGACUGAUGGGACUUGCUCGGCAUACAGCAGCCCUCAGAUUCCAAAAAGGGAGUUUCCUCGUUCUAAAGACACGUUAGACCUCCACAAUGGCUCCCUAACUCAAAAGGCUUUCAGAGACCUGCAGUUAAGGAGAAACGGCAACAAGAACUGGACCUUUGGGAAGUAUCGACUCAGGAGUGUUGAUAAUGAACAAGAAGGCGACGCUUUGCGAAACAUCUCAGCUGAUGUCCAGCCAGGCCACAGACGAGCUCAUCUUCUUUAUACUAAAGGGACAAAUGGGAAUGAUGCAUCACGGCUGUCCUCGGCUGGACUGGAUCACCUCCACAAAGAAGCGAGCAACAGCUCAAAUCAGGAUCUUGGAACUUCAGUUGGAGAGAUGCUCAUCAACAAACCAAAGGGUUCGUCUGAGGCUUUGAGCGUGAAACGCAGGGGGAGUGAGCCAGGGAGAGUUAACAUGGCUGCUGUGGCUCCAUUUAAGUUCAGGUUUCAGGUCAGUGAAGACACAGAUGUAACCCUUGAUGACCUGAGCGACUGCUCCUCGGACUCCAUGGAGGUCUGUUGUGAUGAUUUAGACCCAGAGUCCCAGAGGAAACGGACUGUGCAGAAUGUUCUUGACCUGCGCCAGAAUCUGGAAGACACCAUGUCGAGCCUGCGAGGCUCCCACCUCAGCCACAGCUGUGCAGACAGCAGUAACGUAGGCUAUGACAGCGAUGAGACCAACGCUCGCAGCAUAUCCAGCCUGUCAAACCGCUCCUCACCCUUGUCCUGGUGUCACGGUCAGUCCAGUCCCCGUCUUCAAGCCGGCGAUGCUCCAUCCUCCACCGGCAGCGGGUACCAGGGCAGUAAGAGCUCCUCACAAUACACAGCCCAGACGAUGCCAGCUCGCUGCUCCAGCCGCCUCAGUAGCACCUCCCGCAUUGAGCUCAUCGAAGGUCUCGACGAUGCUGACCUCAAGUCCGGGUACCUGAGUGACACCGACCUCCAAGGAAAAAACCUGCAAGAUGAUGAGGAUAACUUGGCUAAUGGCUGGGAUGAGAGCAGCUCCAUUAGCAGUGGGCUCAGCGACGGAGACGGUGAUGGUUCAGAAAACCUCAGCUCAGAGGAAUUCAACGCCAGCUCAUCACUCAACUCCCUCCCAAGCACACCGCUGGGCUCGAGACGGAGCUCUUCUGUUAUGCUCCGCACUGAUGCAGAGAAGCGCUCCCUGGUGGAAAGUGGCCUCUCUUGGUACAGCGAGGAUGGCAAAGCCAGCCACAAGCUUGAUGGUUGCAACUACAACUCAGGGAGUCUCAAAACCGAAGCGCCCAGCAAGUGGAGGAAAAAACCACCGAGUCUUGGUGAAGAUUUCGGGAUGAAAGUGGAACUAAAGAAGCCUCAAAGUCUGGGUCAGCCGGGAAGUUUCAAAAAGAGCAGAAAUCCUCCUGUGGGUGUCACCUCUCCCAUCACUCAUACCUCACAGAGUAUGCUUAAAGUUGCAGCUUCAAAAAUUGAGAAGCCUCUGGACAAAUCCAAAAUCUCCAUACGAUCUGCUGGCCUCCAACGGUCGCGUUCAGAUGCUGGCAGGGAUAAUCACGGAGAGCACCGUAAGCCCCCCUCGGGUUUGGUCAGACCAUCUGCUGGAAGCUCCUUUGGAUACAAGAAACCAACAACCACCGGUACUGCAACCGUUUUAACAGCAGGUGGCAUCACCAUCUCCAGUGGUUCUGCUACAGUGGGAAAAGCCCCCAAGUCAACUGGCAUUCCUGUGAAACCUGUGGGGGGAGGAACAUCUUUGGGUAGAAAGAACAGUUUUGAUGCCAGUAGUGAGCAGGGCUUCCUGGGGCCAAAUGCCCGAAACAGCAUUCAGUACCGCAGCCUGCCUCGACCCGCCAAGUCCAGCACGUUGAGUGUAAUUGGUCGCCCAGCAGCCCGGCCUGUCAGUGGUACCAUUGACCCCAGUCUGCUGAGCUUGAAGCCCGUACCUAUAGCCUCUGCAGGGCCCAGGUUGAAAGAGCCUGGUAGCUGUAGCGGGAAAAUGACCAGUCGAACCAGUCCAGUGAACCAGACGGACAGAGAGAAGGAAAAGGAAAGAGCCAUGGCCAAAGCUGUGGGUGCUGACAUGGACUGUGCCUCUCUGAAGGGAGAGGAAAGUCAGACUGAGUCCACCGGAGAGUCUACAGUGAAACUACUUGGCCUGAGACGGACCAGCAGCAGCAAAUACCCUGAACUCUCCUCCCCCACAACACCCAGGAUGCUCAACACUAAAUCUUUGGGUCGCCCACCCAGCAUGGCUCAUCUGGACAAGGUCAAUUCCAACAGCCUCGACUCCUGUGUGACCAUCCAAGACCUUCCACCCAAAGUACCCCCAUAUGCCAAGCUUCAAGACUUGGCUGGUUCCCUCACAGCCGCUCGUCUCACCCCAAGCCCGGCGCCUGUCCUUCACAUUGACUCUCCCUCAUACACCAGUGAAGGCUUGAGCUUGAGCGGGUCUCCCAUGCCCUACCCUAAACUGUCUGGCAUGCAUCGCAGUAUGGAGUCCUUACCACUCCAAAUGAGCGUGCCCUCCAGUGCUCGGUUUGUCCCAGCAGACACAUGUGGGAAGGAAGAAAGAGGUUUAGGAACCUGGGGAGGUGGCAGUAGAACAUCUCUCAACAUGUCAGACGGUUGCCCCAAUUUCCUGUGGCACCCCGAGGUUAUCACGCUCCAACAGCACGGGCCCCUCCAGUGAGUCCCCCUGCGAUCUGUAUGGCUCCUCCCCGCUGGGCAGCAGUAUGUCUCUGGCUGACCGGCCAAAAAGCAUGAUGCGGUCUGGGUCUUUCCGGGAACCAGGGGAGGAUGUGCACGGCUCUGUUCUCUCCUUGGCAUCCAACGCGUCAUCCAACUAUUCAGCGCAAAUCCGCAAACUGAGGAGAGAGCUGGAAUCCUCCCAGGACAAGGUCGCCAACCUGACCGUGCAGCUUUCUGCCAACGCCAAUCUGGUAGCAGCAUUUGAGCAAAGUCUGGCACUGAUGACGGCGCGCCUGCAGACACUGUCAGUCUCCUCAGAUCAAAAGGACUCUGAGCUCACUGACCUGAAGGAUACCAUUGAGAUUUUAAAAGCCAAAAACACAGAAGCCCAGGAAAUCAUUCAGGAUGCUUUGACUAAUCCAGACAUCACACCUAAAGAGCUGCUGAUUAAUCGCCAGAACUCCUCAGAGAGCAUCUCCAGUCUCGCCAGCACUACAAGUCACUCCAGCAUGGGGAGCUUCAAAGAGCAGGAGGCCAAGAAGAAGAAAAAGAAGAGCUGGCUGCGCAGCUCUUUCAACAAAGCGUUCAGUAAGAAGGGAACCAAGUCUGGUCCGUACGCUGACAUAGAAGAGAUAGCCACUCCAGAAUCUUCUGCACCUUCUUCACCCAAGGUCCACGGUGUUGGAGAUACCCCUCAGCAGUCAAUGAAGUCUGUAAUGUCUGCCUCAUCGUCAGGACUCUGUGAAGGAGGUGAGGUUGCAGAUGAUAAGGUUGUAACGGAGCUGCGUACGGAGCUGUGGGAGAAGGAGCGUAAACUGACGGACAUCCGUCUGGAGGCUCUGAACUCAGCACAUCAGCUGGAGCAGCUUCAGGAGGCCAUGAUCAGCAUGCAGAGGACAGUAGAGAGUCUGAAGGCUGAGAACGAUCAUCUGAGGACGGGCAAUCUGUCUCCCUGUCCUUCCCCGGGACCCUCCAACUCCGCUUCCCAGUCCUCUGGGCUCACAGCUCUGGGAAGUUCAUCACCUCGACAGUCUGUAGCCAUGCACAUGCCCAAAAGCUACAGCAGAGGGCUGAGCGAGGGCAGCAGCUCAGACGUCCAUUCUGCCGACUCCCUCGGCUUUUCUUCACAGAGGGAUGAUCACCGUGUCAGAGUGGUCGUUUGCGUCGCAGAUUUACGGGUCUUUAAAGAGGAGGUUAAACAGCAGGACUUCUUCAUCGGUACAGUCAGGGUGAAUGGCAGGAUGGACUGGGUCAUGUUGGAUUCUGCUGUCAGCCAGGCUUUUAAAGUCUACAUAGCCAAGGUGGACCCCACCUUCAGCCUGGGCCUCUCCACAGACUCCAUCUACAGCUACAGCAUGGGCCACAUAAAGAGAGUUCUGGGAGGAGAAGCCCCUGAGACACAGCCGUCUCGCUGCAUGUCACGAGGACCCAGCAGCAUCACGGUGGCUCUGAAAGGUUUGAAAGAGAAGUGUGUGGACAGCCUUGUUUUUGAAACCCUCAUUCCUAAAACCAUGAUGCAGCAUUACAUCAGUCUCCUACUCAAACAUCGCCGCCUCAUCCUAUCUGGUCCAAGCGGGACGGGUAAGAGCUACCUUGCUUCCCGGUUGGCUGAGUACCUGGUGGACCGAAGUGCCCGUGAGGUCACCAACGGCAUUGUGAUCACGUUCAACAUGCACCGUCAGUCAUGCAAGGAUCUGCAGCUGUAUCUUUCUAAUUUGGCCAAUCAAAUAGACCGGGAGAGCAGUGCGUCCGAGAUCCCGCUGGUGCUGAUAUUAGAUGAUAUUCAUGAUCCGGUUUCCAUCAGCGAGCUCGUCAACGGAGCUCUGACAUGCAAAUAUCACAAAUGUCCUUACAUCAUUGGAACAAGCAAUCAGCCAGUGAAGAUGACAGCGAACCACAGCCUUCAUCUGAGCUUCAGAAUGGUGACCUUCUCUAACAACGUGGAACCAGCGAAUGGUUUUCUCGUACGAUAUUUGCACAGGAAGCUGAUGGAAUCAGAAGAUGAGAGGAACCUGACCAACGAAGACCUGAUCCGGGUCUUGGAUUGGGUUCCCAAACUGUGGUAUCAUUUGCACACCUUCCUCGAGAAGCACAGCACAUCUGACUUCCUCAUCGGGCCUUGCUUCUUCCUGUCCUGCCCGGUCACAGUCGAUGAUUUUCGAUCUUGGUUCAUCGAUCUUUGGAAUCACUCUAUUAUUCCUUAUCUGCAGGAAGGGGCAAAGGAUGGCAUCAAGGUCCAUGGUCAGAAGGCGGUGUGGGAGGACCCAGUGGAGUGGGUAAGGGGCACGCUGCCUUGGCCGUCUGCACAGCAGGACCAGGCUAAGCUGUUCCAUCUUCCUCCUCCGAGCAUCGGCUCCAGCAGCCCGUGCCAAGCCAGCGAGGAGAAGUCUCACAAGGAAACGCCACCCAGCUCAAUGGAAUCAGAUCCUCUGAUGGCAAUGCUUCUGAAACUCCAAGAGGCGGCCAAUUACAUUGAAUCUCCAGACAAAGAAGAUCUGAACCUGCCCAAACUCUAAAACUUACAUCAGCACUUGUGACUGAGCAGUGCACAAUCAGAAACACGCACCCUAGCAGACGGAGUGGGUUUAAUUCACUCUGCAGUGGGAGGUUGAAGAUAAAAACCACAAGUGAUCCCAACACAUACAGUAUAAACACUGUUCACGAAUCUAAAAUGAAAGUUAAUUCAUUACAUUUAACACUUUAAUAGCCCUCAGACUGGUGCUAACAGUUUACAAUGAAAUCCAGUGUUUAAGCACUUUCACUUCAGGGGAUUUCUGCAAAAACGUGCACCGUCCAUCCUGUUUUCUCCCCAAGUGCAUCGUGGGAUGUUGAGUCCUUAUUAAAUGGUGCAAUUCUUGAUGAUGUUCAAUUGUUUUGGAAAAGAGUAUGACAGCAUCACAAAAAGCUGUUGCUAGCAAUGGUUUUUGGUACAUAUCUAGCGUCUGUCUAGCUUCUGAAGGCUAAAUUGUAGCACAUAUGCAAAUCCUUAACUCUAUAACCCGAGCAGGUGAAAAAUGCCUUAACAGCAGAGACAUCCACAUCACCUCAAGCUAAGCAGAAUAUAUUGGUGCUUUCAUCAGUCCGUCAGUUUACUUGAUCAGAUCUCUUUAAAUCUAUUUCUGGUUAUUCUUUAGAGCAAAACUAACUGAACUCUGUGAGAUCAAUUUUAUUUAAAAACCUUAUCAUAGUCUUCUUUAUAAUUUUCUGCAUUUUUUAAGUUUAAAGCAUAACUGGCUGUCAUACUCUUUUGAAUAAAACAACGUAUUUAUCACCAGUGUGGUCGGAUCCCUUCGUGGCUGCACACGCUACUUUUUCAGAGCGUUUAAGUUUUAUUUUCUAUAACUGCACCAGCAGUGCUGCCAUAUGGAUAUAUCAGGUAUUACCAAACAGGGAUAUUAUAAUAAACACCCUCUGAUAAACACUAACUGAGCAAAUGCUCAGUGAAUCUAAUUCUGAUGAUUAUAUUUCAUAAGAAAUUACACCUCUUUCCCUCAGCAUACUGUACAUAGGAUGUACAUACAACCAAACAAUGUUGCAAUUACUUUAUCUGCAUUAGUUUGUGCAAAUAUCUGAUGUACUAAACCAAAUACUUUAAGUUUGCUUAUUGACUGUCGAGUUUGGAGUUCAAUUUUAUCUAUGAAUGUAUAUAAAACACUUUACGACUGUACGACAGUAUUGUGUAGUUGGUGCUUUUAAAGGACGCCUUAUCGGAGUACCACUGCAGAACCUUUUUUAACUGUUGUGGUUUUACUGGAUAGUUAAUCUGCUUCAAAAACUAAAGCGUUUAUCACCAUUUUUUUCUAUUGUUUAAACAUAUAUAUGGUGCUCUUUAAAAAGGCCCCCAAUUUAGGAUUAAAUGAGAGUCACUUAGUUGUGCAGAGUAAUCUAGUCGAGGUGUUAUUUCUGUCAAACACACAAAAGUAAUGAGAUUAAUGUAAUAUAGGUAAAUCCUGGUGAACCCAUGUGAGUGUCGUGCAGUUUUCAUUCUGGGUACACGACACAAGCCAAACUGUGUUGAAAAGAGGUUUAUUAAAACUUCAUUAGGUGCUCUGUGUAAACUUUUGUGAAGACGUCUUAAUGGAUUAAAUGAAUGAUAAUGGUUGUGCAAUAGUCCCCAUCUCACUGUUUCAAGUCGAGUAAAUGUUCUAAGUGAAUGUUGGAGCACUUUGAUGACAGCUUGAUAAGGAACCUUUUAGAUUGUGUUUGAGCAACAGAUUUGUUGUUGCGUUUGUGCAUGGUACUAAUCUGCAGCUCUGAUUGAUGGCUGGUCAUGAGAAAACGAAAUUAUUUACAGAUAUUAAAGACCAAGUUCACUGAGAAACUGUUAUUUACUUGUUCUUUUUAAAUUAUAAUGGGUCACUCUGAGUUUUUCAUGCAGGCUGAACAUGGAAAUGGUCUCCUACACCUAUCUCCUGCAUUAGCUUCUGAUAGAAAACAGACGGAGAAACUCUAGGAUUAGAAAAUCCUGACAGAUCUAUGUCACACUGUCACUCAACAUUCAUGGACUCACCCAUCCUGACUCGCGAUGAGGAAGGCUGUUGUUGGUUUAGCGUCUAAUAGAGAGCAGAGAAUGUCUCAGCUAAUAGAAUAAUAGAAGCUAACUGUUAACGUUAGCAAUUCCACCACACAGCAGAACUCCUUCAGGCUUGUUUUCUUUGUGGAGAUAAAACAUCAAUGUCGCAGAGCAAAUUGAGUCAGUGGUAGAGUCAUCGAUGUUGGAAAAUCAGAGAUGAGAUGUCUAAAUACCAGGAAAUAGGAGUCCUAAUCCUGCUGUGCUCUGCUUCCCUCUUUUCUGGCUAACUUCCUGAAACAGGAGAGCCCAGGCUCACAAGGCAUUUGUUUAUGCUAGAGACCACUGCAGAUGUGUUGAAAAAAGACAAGUGAACUUGGUCUUUAAAGAGCAAAACUAUGUGAGGAGACAUCAUUGCUGUAAAUAUUCCCAGAAUCACUUCUGAUGUGUCCUGCGGGAUACCUAAAGCUACUAGGUCCAGCUUCUCAUCUCAUUACUGGUUGUUGUGCCUGUUGCUCUGUAGUAGCUGUGACUUGUGUUUGCUUGUUAGUGCAUCAGGACUAUGCAGCAACUUCUACUGGUGUUGGCAGUUGGCGGAUGUCACUUCACUGCUUUUUUCCUGGUCUUUAACUUCCUUGUAUGGACCAUAUUGCACAAGAGAGACAAAAGUGAAAGCCCGUUUUAGCCAGUGAGACUCAGCCUUAAGGAAUGGACGGUUUUGAACAGGGUUUAUAAACGCAGUCAGAGUAUUUAAGCUGUUUGAUGUGUUUUGAGUUUAUGAAUGGAAACAGAGGAAAUGUGAUUUUGUAAAUGGUCAAAAAACUUAGAAAAAUUGCUAAUAAAAAUCAAACCAUGAGCCGCGUUGGCUUACUUACACCUGCUUUCUUUUAUGCUGGUAUAGUUGAUUUAGAUCCAGAAUCGGAGAUACUACUCAUGUCCUCGGCCAAUACAGGUUGCUGAAUAGUCAUAUUUUUGCAAAGCUUGUUGUGGGCUCAGAUUAAAAAGAAGAAAAAAAAAGAAUUGUUAUGCUGUAUCUAAUGUCACUGAUGUGCAAAUGUUAAGGGUUUGUAAGUGCUGUAAAUGCAUGUAAACUGCCGUGUGAUGAGAAAAACCUUCACAUCAACAUCAAUUAGGAAAGUCAUUCAUUUUUAAAACUGAAAUGUUUCAUAUUUCUUUUAUUUUCUUAAUGCUCCUUUGUAAAACUUGAUUUCUUUAUUUUGUACAGUUCAUCCGUGUAAAGGCUGUAAAUACACAAUGUUACCACUCUGGAUGCAGCAACAAUCAGAGCAGGAUAAAAUAAAAGCAUCCAUUAGAAAAGAUAAAUUAUCAGCUAGGUUCAGUACAUGGAUAAAGUUUUCAUUCACUUAGAACUUUUUGUUGGAAACAAUAAAAUAAAAUACAUGUCAUACGA